AACGUCGGCAUCCCAGCAGCAAAUUAUCAUUUGCCAAGAUAUUCUGAGCUGAGUGGGAGGUAAACUUGUCCUUUUUCCCACCUGAGCUGUGUACAUGCCGGUGGCACGAAGCCAAAGAACUCGUGAAAUGGUCAAGCCCCUGCCACACAAACCUCUCUAAGUAGAUUAGCCUGAGAAGACCUGUCGGGAGAAGACCCGCACAGAUGCACGGAGUCCUAAAAGUAUCUAAUCUGAGCAGACUGCAGAGCAGCAGGCGACUGCUAACAAGGCUAACUGCUGAUUAAGGUCAGGCAGUGAUGCAGCACAGAGACAGGGUGACUAAUAGAUGUCAAGCAGCGCCUCAGCUGCAAUCCAUCAAAGCCUUACACCAGCGCUCUUUGUUUAAAUCAGGACAUUAGACGUGACUCAUGGAGCUGACUUCUUGAAAACUGCUCUCCUCAUUUUUCAAAUGUUGUACACGAGCACUUGGAGAGCUAUGGAGUAAACAAGUAGUUCAACUCGCUGCUCCUGUACAGGUGUAGACCUUAACAUCCCUUCAGUCUGGACCAUGACUGACCGACCAGGCUGUUGGACUCCCUGCAUCCAGUCAUGUGACCUGGAAGCCAGGCUGACCAUGUGGCUCCCCUGCUCUCCAAACAGAGGGGGAGAGGACUAAUGAGCAAGAACUCCCAGACAGGAAACGCUGUUUUGGUUUCGCUGGGAUCUUCCCGACACGUGUGGAAAACCUGCUACAAUCUCGAUUUGUCUAAAAUAUGAGGAGACAGAGUUCAUUCCCUGUGGAGAGUCAAUGUGAAGAAAACUGAUCACUUCUGACAAAGAACCAAAGAAAUGACCACAUGGAGGCUGAGUGGCAGCAGUGGGAAGAGGCCCACAGUGAUGAAGAUAGCGACUCCGAGGACUUCAUGUGUGGGAUCCAGCAGGAGAGCUGCGCCACUGACCUUUAUCGCCAUUGCCAGCUGGAUACAGACAUAGCAGCCAUCAGGACAUUGUACUCAGAUACUGCUGUAUCUGUUAGGGAGUACCCGUCAAUUGAUGGUGUGGAUGUUGAGUUGAUCAUCACCACCAAUAUCGUGGAUGUGGAAGUGGCUAAAGCCUGGAGGAUUAACCCAUCCGAGCCAAUCAUCAUCCGAUUGCACUUCUCCCUGUCUCAGUAUCUGGACGGACCUGCGCCCUCUGUGGAAGUCUUUCAACCAUCCAACACUGAUGAUUUCAGUGUAGGAAGACAACUGGAAAGAGUUCUUACGGUCUUCAUAUCUCAGGAGUGGAAACACCUGAGCAACAACAGCCCUGUUGUCCAGAGAAAGAGCCGACACAACUGGUUCAGACCCAGAGGGACCAUUAAGAAGUUCAGCGCUCGAUUCAGUGUCUGGUUACCACCUUCAAAGCCAAAUGAGAUCCAAGAGCUGGCUGACAAAGACAGGAACGCAGUGAGAGAGAAUACUUUCACAAAUCAAACAACUUCUUACAACAUCAGGAACCCAGCAGGAGAACUGUUUACAUACACAGCUGGAGGAAAGAGAGUGAUGGUCUCAGCAGUUAAAUCUACAGCACACCUGAGCACCAAACAGCUGGUGGAGCUGCUGUUCAGCUCCCAGGCUAUCAGACACUGUAAAAGCCCGCCCACCCUGCAGCACGGAUUCUUGGUACAGAUAAUGAGGUAUGCUGAGCAGAGAAUCCCAACGCUUAACGAAUACUGCGUCGCUUGUGACGAGCGGCACGUCUUCCAGAACGGGCCGAUGCUCAAGACAGCUGUUUGCACCAGGGAGCUGUGCGUCUUUUCCUUUCACACCCUGGGGGUCAUGUCUGGAGCCACAGAAGAGGUUGCGACCGGUGCAGAGGUGAUUGACCUGCUGGUGGCCAUGUGCAGAGCUGCCCUUCAGUCCUCACGCAAAAGCCUCAUUUUUGAACCGUACCCCUCUGUCGUCGAUCCGUGCAACCCCAAAACUCUGGCCUUCAGUCCUAAGAGAAGGAGCUAUAAAAGACUGCAGAGAGCCCUGGAUGGGGUGUUGUUAAUCAGGAGGAUGGCCCAGGGUCCCUAUUCUGACAUAAAAAGGCAGAUGGACAAGAUAGACCCCCUCGCUCAUCCCCUACUACAAUGGAUUUUAGCGAGCAACAGAUCACACAUCGUCAAGCUUCCGCUCAACAAGCAACUGAAGUUUAUGCGAACGCCCCAUCAGUUCCUGUUGGUCAGCGCGCCUCCGUCCAAAGAGCUCCGCUUUCAAACAGCCAAGAAACUUUAUGGCAGCACCUUCGCUUUCCAUGGUUCACACAUUGAAAACUGGCACUCCAUUUUGAGAAAAGGCUUAGUCAGUGCAUCAUACACAAAAUUACAGCUUCAUGGAGCUGCUUAUGGGAAAGGCAUCUAUUUGAGCCCCAUUUCAAACAUAUCUUUUGGAUAUUCUGACAUGGGUAGAGGUCAACACCAAAUACCUGCCAGAGGAGAACUCAUAGUGAAACAAAACCGAAUAAAUAAAAUGAAACAGGACGAACCGGGACAGCCAAGGUUCCUGCAAAGCCGUAACCUAAACUGCAUUGCGCUCUGUGAAGUUAUAACCUCAAAGGCCCUUCAGAAGCACGGGAACAUUUGGGUUUGUCCGGUGUCGGACCAUGUGUGCACACGCUUCCUCUUUGUGUACGAAAACGGCCGGGUGGGAGACGUGCUCAUCAACACGCAAGAUGCAGAAAUCCAGACGGAAAUUUUACAAGCCACUGGUCUGAAGGCAUGCUGAGAAAACCAGAGAGCCCCAGCAGGGGUAUCAGUGUACAUUUAAUGGAAGACGGCAUACCUUUAAUAUUUAAAUGUAUUGUACUGUCAAAUGUAUUUUCUACUGCACUUCAUUGCUAUGCUUGACAGAUCAGUUUUCACCGUGUUUAUUAAAGCUGCUUUUCUCUAACGUA